UACGUUUCGUACAUGCAAGGAACAAAAUUUACACGACUCAUGCCAAAAAUCGGUGUCUGAAAAGUUCAUUAGUUGAAAUCACCAAGACAGAGACUCCCACAAUGGACAGGUUACUUAGACUAGGAGGUGGUAUGCCAGGCCUUGGGCAAGGCACAACACCCAGUGAUGGACCUGUUGUUGAUACUGCAGAACAAGUGUACAUAUCAUCUCUUGCUCUUCUUAAGAUGUUGAAACAUGGUAGAGCUGGUGUACCUAUGGAAGUUAUGGGUCUUAUGUUGGGAGAGUUUGUUGAUGAUUACACAGUCAGAGUCAUCGAUGUCUUUGCUAUGCCACAAUCAGGAACGGGAGUGAGCGUAGAAGCAGUAGAUCCUGUAUUCCAAGCCAAGAUGUUGGACAUGCUGAAGCAGACCGGUCGUCCAGAGAUGGUGGUUGGAUGGUAUCACUCUCAUCCCGGGUUUGGAUGCUGGUUAUCGGGAGUUGACAUCAACACACAGCAGAGCUUUGAGGCCCUAUCAGACAGAGCAGUGGCUGUUGUAGUAGAUCCCAUUCAGAGUGUCAAAGGAAAGGUUGUAAUAGAUGCAUUCCGAUUGAUCAACCCUAACAUGAUGGUGCUGGGUCAGGAACCUAGGCAGACCACAUCAAACCUUGGUCAUUUACAGAAGCCAUCCAUUCAAGCCUUGAUCCACGGCCUCAACAGACAUUACUACUCCAUAGCUAUCAACUACAGGAAAAACGAAUUAGAACAAAAGAUGCUGUUAAAUCUUCAUAAAAAGAGCUGGAUGGAUGGAUUGACAUUGAAAGAUUACAAUGAACACUGCAAACUGAACGAAUCAACAGUCAAAGAGAUGUUAAACCUAGCCAAGGUUUAUAACAAGGCUGUAGAAGAGGAAGACAAAAUGACACAAGAGCAACUCGCGGUGAAGAAUGUCGGCAAGCUGGAUCCAAAGCGCCAUCUGGAGGAAAGGGUGGAGGUACUAAUGACGUCGAAUAUCGUUCAGUGCCUUGGUGCUAUGCUGGAUACGGUCGUGUUUAAAUAGUAUAUGACCAACUGCUGUCUCAUGUAAAUAUCUUGUAGGCUUCUGAAACUAUUAUUAUUAUUAUUGAUCAGUAAGUGUCAGAACAAUCUAUUUACCACUGGUCAUGGUAAUGUAACAAAUUGAUCUUACAAAUGCUUUGUGUAGCUAUUGAAUAUGAAGAUAUUUCACCUAUGGUGAUCAGUAUCAAUAUGUGAAGUCCCCAGUUUUCCAUUUUCUAAAAUGUAAAUUCCAUGGCCCGUAUUCUGAAGUCAGGUUUAACUUAAACUCAGGUUUAAAGUUGUGGUUUGUAUGCAUAGCCAAUUG